AUGGUUGAAGAGAACAGAAAUAAUGGACGACGGCUUCCGGCUUGUGAAAGGUGUCGUAUCAGGAAGACUAAGUGUGAUUCACAGCUUCCAUCGUGCUCCAAUUGUGUGAAGGCUGGGGUUGAAUGUAUGAAUAAAGAUAAAGUUUUGGGUAGAGCUGUAACAAGAAGCUGUGUUUGUUCUUUAGAGGAACGAAUUCGAACGUUUGAAGGUAAUCAGAUAUCGUUUGAGCACCAGUCAGAAGCUGGACAGGAUAGACAUAAACGAGCUAGAUUAUCAAAUAACCGAGAUCAAGACACUUCAAAGGCCCAAUCAUCAUUCCCAGGAACCAUUGGAACUCCAUCACUCUCCCAAACUCAACUGUGUUCAAGCCCAUCAGUAUCACUCAGUGAUCUCUCAUCAUCUUCUUUGAAUGAUGAAGACGAAGGUACUGCCCAAAGCACGAUGGAUACAUUACUUGCCACAACUUUUUCUGGAGGGCCUGCAACACAUGUCAGUGAUGACCUUGAUAGCCAGAUCCGGCAAUAUUCUAGCCCUUCUUCUCGACAAAGUGCUAGAGAAAUAUUUAUCGAAAAGGAAAAUAUGGCUAUUGCUAAGCUAGGGCGGGAUUUCAUGAAACAAGGACGUCGGAAUAACUCUAAAAAUAGGAUUACUGAUAUUACAGCGUACGAUUAUAAUAUCCUCGUUAGAUUGGCAAAGCGAUAUUUUACAUGGAUGAACAGUGCCCACCCCGUAUUACAUGAGUGUAUGUUUCAUCUCCAACUAGAGAAAUGCCGAAACAGACCCAAAGAAGCUUCAUUAAUAGACCGUUUUCAGGUAAAUAUGGUCAUAGCCAUUUCUCUUGCAUCAAUAGGUCGACCACAUCUGUCGAUUUCUGAGAUUGGACGAAUUGCAAAUGAUUUCUGGAAAUCGGCGACAAAGAUUCGUGGUCGAGUACUAUUUGGUGGUGGAAUUAAAAAGCUUCAAAAUAUAUUACUAUUAUUGCAGUACACUCUUUUGGUUCCCAAGGCUGGAAAUUUGUGGCAGCUUUCGGGUUCAGCUAUGAGAUUUGCAACUGAAAUGGGACUUUACGCUGAGCCCAAUCCAUCCCAAGAUUUUGACCCUCUCAGUAUGGACCUUCGCCGACGCAUAUUCUGGACUUGCUACUGUAUUGAUCGUAUUCUCGCUACGGUAAUGGGAAGACCUACUGGAAUACCUGAUACUUGGAUAUCUGCAAGAUGCCCAGCUUUGGUUGAGGAUAAGCUAAUAACUGUACAUGGAGUAGAGCGAGGUCCUAUCUGUCACCUAAAAGUUGCCCAAAUUCAGCAGAUUCGUAUAUAUCGACUACAAUCAGAGAUUCACAAGCGUUUAUACGCGCAUGCAAAUCACAACAAGUUACCUCAAAGAGAUAUGACUACCUGGACUUGGCAGAUGUAUGAUCAACUUAGGCUUUGGCGUAGUAGCUUUUCCUAUCCUACGCCAUUAAUAACUAAGGAGUGGACAGAGUUGCAAUUUCAUAUUGCUGUAGUUUUACUUUUCCGCCCUUCGCCUAAUCGUUCAAAGCUAUCUGAUGAAGCACUACAUGUUGCUUUCCACUCUGGGGGGGAGGUCAUGAAAUUAGUCAAAGUUAUGCAUAGAGAAUGUUCUGCAGUGUUUUCAUGGCUCACAGUACAAAACCUUUUUAUGUGUGGAUUAACAUUCAUUAACUCAUUGAAAGAACUUGCUGAACGGCAAACUUCUCAUCAAUUAUGUGUAUCCUUUAUCGAGAUUUUUCUACAGAUACAGUCUUGUACUGCAAUGCUUGAAACGUUGUCAGCAUUAGAAGCAGGGGCGAACGAACGAAUAAGGAAUGCUUUUGAAAUGAUCUCUUCAAACGUUCUUCAAAAUAUCACUAGUAUCGCUCCCUCUUUACCACAACAAUCUGGUCACGAAGAAUGUAUCUGGAGCCAAAUUGCAAAAUUAGAUAACAUUUCGUUAUCGAGGCCGACACAAAUUGAAGGUUAUUCUGUUCCUGUUCUAGAAUAUUCGAUUAUUCUUCAAGAAACAGAUAUACAAGGCUGGAAAAGCUCUAAUAGCUAUGAUGAUGAGCAUUUUUCUGAACAUGAUAUUGAUGCAUCUACAAGUAACGGUAUGCUUGGUUUACCAUUAAAUACAGAUUUAUAUACAGUUAUGAAAGGGUACCGACCACAUCAUAAUUUGGAGUCUUCAUCUCAUAUAGGGCGUUCAUCAAAUGAUAGGAUUCAAGCUCUAGGCAAUCAAAAAAAUUACGAGACAAAUUCCGAUGGAUCUAUGCCACCCAUGGCCGCACAUGAGGAUCCUAGUUUGGAAAGAUUGGCUGCAAUUUCUAAUGUUGCUGCGGAGGCCGAACCAAUUCGUGAUAUAGGUACGUUUUCUGAUUGGUCUGAAGCUAAUUUAGGUGCUGAAUUAGAGCGUUGGUUCCUUUAUCCUUUACCUGAAGCAAGUGAGCAAUUCAGUCUAUGA